AAGCCAUAACCCUGUCUUCAGACAAUAGACACCAAAGUUCUUCGGCCAUGGGCAAAUCCACCGUCAUUGAAAGAUGGUGGCUUGUCACCUUCGCAAGCUUUAUAGUUGUCCUUCUCGUUUUCCUCAAUCACAGCCCCGGUGGCAACAAUAUAUCGGUGCUUCAAAAUCUGACAAUGCCAAUUACAGCUUCCAAUGGGCUCGCCAUGCCUACCAUGCAGUCUCCUUUGCCCCCAAACAUCAUUGAGAAUGAGGAACCAGAAAAACCUUCGAAUCAGUUUCCCAUGUCCAAGUUGCAAUCUUGCAUACCACUAAACGAAAACAAAGAUUUCCCUGAAACAUCCUCUUCUCAGAUUCCUUUGUCAGGCUUGCAAAAUCCAAAACUGCCCGACUUGUCUGAAACUGUGAAACAGGCAACCCCUUCUCUUCAGGUUCCCAUUCCAGGUUCGCAAGAGGCAACAUCUUCUUCUCAGACUCCUUUGUUAGACGCGCAACAUCACGAACCAUCCAAAUACAAUGAUGAUGAAGAACCAAUUACAACGGAGAAAGAAGGAAAAUGCAAUAUCUUCGAAGGAAAAUGGGUUUAUGAUCCUAGGGAAAGUCCACUAUACGACGCAGCAAUGUGUCCAUUUUUUAGUGAUACAGUGAGCUGCCGGAGGAAUGGACGGCCAGACAAGGAAUAUGAAAAAUGGAGGUGGGAAGCUAAUGACUGUAAGAUUCCUCGGUUUAACGCCAAGGACAUGUUGGAGAGACUGAGAGGGAAGAGAGUUGUAAUAGUUGGGGAUUCGAUCAACUUUAGCCAAUUUGAAUCUCUUGCUUGCCUUUUGUAUUCUGCUAUACCUGAUCGAUCUUAUGUCGACGCUCGGAGUCGGGUCUUCAGGGCGGAGUCUUAUAACUUGGUUAUUCAGUCUUACUGGGCUGAAUUUCUUGUGGAAGUAAUACUGAACAAGACAGAUGGCAAAAAGACUUUAAAACUCGACUCACUUGUCCCCACUGCUUGGAAAUGGAAAGAUGCAGAUAUUAUGGUGUUCAACACUGGUCACUGGUGGGUGAACCGCAAAAGGUGGGACUGGUUUCAGUUCAAGCGGAAAGUGUUCGAUGAUAUGAAGAUUGAAACAGCGUUUAAGGUUGCAAUGAAGACUUGGGGUCGUUGGAUAGACAGAAACGUAGACAUUAACAAAACAAAAGUCUACUUCAGGAGCAUGUCUCCGCCGCACUUUGGGAAGGACUGGUGCUACAAAGCAACCAGGCCCAUCAUGGAUGAGUCCUACCAAUUAACAUUCGGCAAAUCACUGAAAGAAAUUGUCGAGAAAACACUGCAAGGCAUGAGGACGCCGGUGAAGUACUUGAACAUCACAAAACUAAGCGAGUACCGGAACGAUGCCCAUUCUUCCAUUUACGCAACAAAGCAAGGGAAAUUACUGGUGGCGAUCAAACAAAAACCCCCAGCGAUGGUGGCUGAUUGUAGCCACUGGUGUUUGCCUGGUGUUCCUGAUACGUGGAACCACCUACUUUAUGCAUCCAUGGUCUUAGAUGGCUCCAGGGACAUUUCUACUUCCUGAAAUUCAAUUCGGUUCUUUUUUUUUUAAUUUCUGUCUUUUCUUUUAACAAAUUUGGUCAGAAGUGAUAAUGAUCACUGUGGAAACCAGAAGAUAAUUAACCCUUUGAGCAAUUCAUGCUAAAAUUGGAUUAAUGCGAACUGUCACUUGACAACUUGACAUUGAUUCCAACAAAGAAAAGGAGGCUUCAUAUUUGACUUACUACUCCAGGGAGGGACUGAGUCUGAAGUUCGCUUCAAUAAUUACUACUUCAUUUCAGGGCUAGUUAUUUGCAUCGGUCCAAGUUGCAGUCAUCGUCUGUUGUUUAAUCAGGAAAGUUCAAUUGCUUCAUUGAACCCAAACCACGGUAUCCAAAGCAUUCAUUUCAUGAAAUUUCAAAUAUAUGUAUUGUAAUGAAUUGGUUAUUUUGUUCUUUAAUUCUACGUUGUUUAAUUAUUU